AUGCCUCUCCCCGCGGCGCUGCUACCGGCUCUGCUCUUGGGGCUCCUGUGGCCUGGGGCAAUCCGCGGUCGGUCUCUCCCGGGUCGCCUCCCCUCCGGGCUCCGCCAGCGCCGUUGGGACGCUGCUCUUUUCGCCCGUUCCGUCGCUCGCCUCCCGGCCGAGCGCCGCGACGCCGCCCGCGACGGCGACUACCUCCUGGGCAUCAAACGCUUGCGGCGUCUCUACUGCAACGUGGGCAUCGGUUUCCAUAUCCAGGUCCUGCCCGACGGCCGCAUCGACGGGAUCCACAGCGAGAAUCGAUACAGUCUGUUGGAAAUCUCCCCAGUGGAAAGAGGAGUGGUGAGCAUAUUUGGUGUCAGAAGUGGACUCUUCGUGGCCAUGAACAGCAAAGGCAAACUGUAUGGAUCUACUCAUUUCAAUGACGAGUGCAAAUUCAAAGAGAUUCUCCUGCCAAACAACUACAAUGCUUACGAAUCCAGGAUUUAUCCCGGGAUGUACAUAGCCUUGAGCAAAAAUGGAAGAACAAAGAAAGGCAAUAAAGUAUCUCCCACGAUGACAGUGACACAUUUUCUUCCUAGAAUCUGA